AUGGCGGCGAAGGCGAGCACCCCAUUGCCGUGGCAACGCGGUGAGAUACUGGAGAUGCUGUGCAUCGUUCGGACCAGCGGUAUAGAAUUCCUGAACGGCACACGCAGCAACCAAAACGGUGAACUGUUCCAACAUAUCGCCCAACGCCUGAAGGUCGUUGACAAAUUCGUUCACCGCGAUGCGGCACAGAUCGAGGGCAAGUGGAAGGUGCUGAAGCGGGUUUACGACCGAAUCAAAACUGGCGAUCGAAAGCUGUCCUCCCUCCGGCCAUUCGAGUUUUACACCGAGAUGGACGAAAUCCUUCAACUCGCUGUGAAGCGCAGCACGAUUGAUAUGGCCACCGUACAGCUGAUGGGUGUGGAGUCGCUCGCUCCCGAAGCAUUCUACACUAUCGCUAACCGUAGGCUUGUGGCCACCGAGGACACCGAAGACACCGAAGACGAGCUGAUCACCGACGGUGGUGAUACGGUAUUCGAUUUACAGAACGAAAUGGAACUGGCGGAAAGUGGCGCCCAACCGCAGCGUACGACAAGGCCCAAGAAGUUGACACCCGAAAACAGGCAAGAACUGAUGGACAAGGUGGCCGAGAUGCAGAAAAAACAUCAGCAGGAGUUCAAUAGGAAGCAAAUGGAGGUGAUCGAAACGGAAUUUGAAACGUUCCGGGCGAUGGAAAAGGACGUCUUGCUGCAGCUGAAGCUCGACAUGGAGGUGCUCAAAGAGAAGUGCCUCGAGCGGAUUGUGGAGGUCGCACGGGGCGAAACGACGCCGGCCGACGUCCUGGAAGGCGUGAUGCCUGGUGCGACCACGCUGAACUGCAAGCGGCGCAAGAAGACACACAGAAAGCGUAACUAAUCGAAGGAUGCGACGCGAAGGGUACGGUGUUCGUGAGUUGCCGCAGUAGGCACUACUAUUUGUUUUAUUAAACUUACCAUCAUAUACGUUCCUUGUGCUACGUCCUCGUAAACGUACAAUAGGGUUAAAGGAGGGU